AUGGCUCCCAAAACUGAUUUCCCUCCCGUCCGCGCCUGUCUCUUUGACAUGGACGGGCUUCUCCUCGACACCGAGGACCUCUACACACUCUGUGUCAACCUGAUCCUCGAAAAGUACCAACGCCCCAACCUCCCCUGGAGCGUCAAGGCCAGACUGCAAGGCCGCCCCGGUCCCGCCGCCAACAAGCUCUUCCACGAGUGGGCCCAGCUGCCCAUCUCCCCGGAGCAGUACAUCAAGGAACUGUACGCCCUCCAAGCCGAGCACUUCCCCACCACGCAACCACUGCCCGGCGUGCCCGAGCUGCUCGCUCACCUCGGCCGCACUCGCUACUGGGACCUGCCAUCCCAAAAGCAGACUACUACCGCCGCCGGCCCCCCCAGCGCGUACACAUCGCGCUGGCGACGUCAUCGCACGCGGCCCACUUCCGCCUCAAGACCGCCCACCUCUCUGAACUCUUCUCCGUCUUCCCCAGCCGCGCGCCGCGUCCUCGGCGACGACGCGCGCAUCGCCCCCGGCCGCGGCAAGCCGCUGCCCGACAUCUUUUUGCUCACGCUCCAGACCAUCAAUGACUCGCUGCCCGCGGGCGAGCGGCCCAUCGCGCCCUAUGAUUGUCUCGUGUUCCAAGGAUGCGUGCCGGGUGUGGAGGCCGGGCGGCGCGCGGGCAUGCGGGUCGUCUGGUGUCCGCAUCCGAUGCUGAAGAAGGAGGUUGCCGGGAGGGAGCCCGAAAUGUUGGCGGGGCGGACGGUGAAUGCUUCCGAGGUGGAUCUGCAUCCUCGUGGGGGAAGUGUGAGAUGGGUGGGCCGCCGCUAUAGUCACACUUGGAGGCUUUCCGUCUGGAAGGGGAGCGAUUGUGGGGUCACCCCACGAGGCUUAUAUGGUCUAGGAGAUGGGGGAGGGGGGGAUGCACCGACUGUCCGAAACCAAUAUCACCCCCCACCCAUGUCGGGCAGCCUCCGCCCAGCGGACCACCGAGCCACCACAAACAGCCCGCCAGCCCGGCUAAGUCUUGAGCCUUCGUCACUCCCCACUCGGCCCACACCGAGAUCACAGAUGAGCCUUGGAGGGUUUAACGAGGAUGCCUUUACUUUUCUCUUCGCUGCACGAUCCUGA